UGCGCAAACAUUUGGACCUAAACAUGCAAGGAACCUUUACAUGUCGUUGCAUGGUUUGUGUGAACAGGUCGGACCUGAUGAUCCUGUUUCUCCUUCUUACAGACGUAGGAUUAUUUUUACUCCUCAGCUUCAGUUAAACGUCUGAAGCUUGAAAUGAAAACUCUUGGUUUGUGGAAAACGUUCAGAUUCAACAGAUGUAGUUGCGACAAAGUGAGCCGGUAUGAAACAAUGAUUCUCUGGUCAUGUGAUGUGUGGAUGGUGUUUGUACCUGGAGUUUCCUCUGACUCAUAGCUCCGCCCACUCUCUGACUCACCUGACUACAAGGAAGUACAGCUGGUUGAUCCUUGAUCCUGACAGAGAAGGGAAGUUAAAACGAGACGAGAGGAGACGGAGGUUUAGGUCGAGGUGACCAGGGACAUGGCGUCCCAGUGUGAGGAGGACCUCUGCUGUCCCGCCUGCCACGACAUCUUCAAAGAUCCUGUUCUGCUGUGGUGCAGCCACAGCUUCUGCCGGGUCUGUCUGCAGAGCUGGUGGAGGAGGAAGCUGGUCCAGGAGUGUCCGGUGUGUCGAGCCGUGUCUCCGUGGAGCGAGCCGCCUCGUAACCUGGCCCUGAAGAACCUGUGCGAGGCCUUUCUGCAGGACCGAGGUCAGAGAGCGUCGUCUGGUCCGGAGCUCCUCUGCAGGCUGCACGCCGAGAAACUCAAACUGUUCUGUCUGAACCACCAGCAGCCGGUGUGCAUCGUCUGCAGAGAUUCAGAAAAACACGCUGAGCACAGAUUCAGACCCAUCGAUGAAAUGGCCCGGGACCAGAGGGAGCAGCUCCAGACCUCCGUGAGGCCUCUACAGGACAAGCUACAGCUCCUCCAGGAAGUCAGAGUCGUCUUUAAUCACACGGCUCAACAUAUCAAGGUCCAGGCCCGACACACAGAGAGGCAGAUUAAGGAGCAGUUCAAGAAGCUUCACCAGUUUCUAGCAGAGGAAGAGGAGGCCAGGAUGGCUGCACUGAGGGAGGAAGAGGAGCAGAAGAGUCAGAUGAUGAAGGAGAAGAUGGAGGCUCUGAGCAGAGAGAUAGCAGCUCUUUCAGACACAGUCAGAGCCACAGAGGAGGAGCUGAGAGCUGAAGACGUCUCAUUCCUCAACAACUACAAGGCUGCAGUGGAAAGAGUCCAGCGCUGCCCCCUGCUGGAUGAUCCACAGCUGCCCUCAGGAGCUCUGAUAGACCAGGCCAAACAUCUGGGCAACCUGGCCUUCAACAUCUGGAACAACAUGAAGGACCUGGUCUCCUACACUCCUGUCAUUCUGGAUCCUAACACGGCCAAUCCAGAGCUGAUGCUGGGGGAGGAUCUGAGCAGCGUGAGGAGAGGGAAGAGACGGCAGCUUCCAGAAAACCCCGAGAGGUUUGAGUACUGGGACUCAGUCCUGGGCUCCGGCUUUGACUCGGGGACGCACAGCUGGGACGUGGAGGUGGGGAACAACAAGGACUGGGAGCUGGGGGUGGUGGUGGAGUCCGGCUGCAGGCAGAGCUUCGUGGGCUCCACGGUCUGGAGUGUGGAGUUCAACGGUCUGGGAUACCGAGCGUUCAGCCCCAAGGACAGGUACACCAGCCUCAGCAUCAGGGACAAGCUCAGGAGGGUCAGGGUCCAGCUGGACUGGGACGGAGGGACACUCACCUUCUCCGACCCGGACACGGACACCCUGGUCCACACCUUCAGCCACACCUUCACUGAGAGGCUGUGCCCUCACCUGUGCACCAGGAGUCCCCUCCCUCUCAGGGUCUUACCUGCCCCCGUGUCUGUGGUGACAGGAAGUAAUUAGUCCCCCCACAGGUCUACACCAGCACAUCUGAAGAACAAGAGGCCUGGUUCACAGCAGGUCUGGAAGCUGGGACAAAGACGCCAACAUCCAACGACAUGGUCCUGAGUUAAUGAAGACAGAUGGACUGAGUGGGGACAUCAAACUGUCCAACUCUCUGAACUAGAGACGUCUUGAGUCUUUCUGCUCAUUCAUGGAUCAUUUCAUUUAUGCUGUUAUUAAAAUCACUUUCAUUUCAUUUCUUUAAAUAAAAACCUCUGUUUCUCUAGAAUGAUACGAUCGUUCAGUUGCAUGUAAAGCCACCAGACGUCCUGUGGACCUGUUUACAGAUGAAGAGAAAAGAAAUCAGACUGUCCUCUUCAUGCAUGAUUUAUAUUUCUGGGAGAAUGAAGUUGCUCUAAUCAAUUAAACCUCAUUAAAACCUAA